AUGGCGGCAGCACUGAUCGAGGAAUGGUUCACUGAUGACUGUAAGUUCAGGGAGCGAUUCCAGGAAAACAGCUACAACACUUACGCCUCAGUAAUCCACAGGAACCACAGGACUGGUCGCGACUGGUUUGUGGCGCUCAAUAAGAGAGGGAAAGCUAAAAUGGGCUCCAGUCCCCGGGUUAAAUCCCAGCAUGUCUCCACUCACUUCCUGCCCAGGGUCGACCUGCAUGACAAGAGCGAGCGUGGCUUCACGAUCACUGAGAGGAGCAAAGAGAGGAGGAAAACCCCACCGCCACUACCGCCCAAACCUCCACUGGCGAAGGCUGUCCUUCCAAGAACACCCACGAGACGUACGCAGGUCAAAUACUGGCCAAAGUAUCGGUUUGGAUAG